AUGUCGAAAGUGAUCACAUUCGUCACUGGCAACCAAAACAAGCUCCGUGAAGUCAAGUUGAUCUUGGAAAAAAGUGACAAUUUGUCAUGGACGCUUGAGUCUCAGUCGCUUGAUGUGCCUGAAAUCCAAGGUACGACCCAACAAGUGGCAUUGGCCAAGUGUCGUUCUGCUGCGCAGCAGCUCAAGGGACCUUGCAUCACGGAGGAUACUGCGCUGUCAUUUCAUGCACUGAAUGGUCUGCCAGGUCCUUACAUUAAAGACUUUCUAGGUAACUUGGGACACGAUGGCCUGAACCGCAUGCUUGCUGGCUUCGAUGACAAGGCUGCUACAGCUAUCUGCACAUUUGCGUACUGUGCAGGUCCGGAUGCGGAGCCCAUGUUGUUUGAGGGCACAACGCUUGGCCGUAUAGUACCGGCUCGUGGUCCGAACAAAUUUGGAUGGGACCCUAUCUUUGAAGUCGACGGCACCAGCAAGACGUUUGCCGAAAUGGAUGCAGACGAAAAGAAUGUCGUUUCGCACCGUUCUCGUGCGCUUGCCAAGCUCAAGGCGUAUCUCGAGACUAUGUAG